AUGGCUCCCCCAGUUGCAACCGAAACCCUGUCUUCCCUAGGCUCCAUGCCUACCAAAGCCAUCAAUGGCGAUGGACACAUGAAGCUCAGUGGAGCCAAAACCCUCGAGGACAUGGUUGACAAAUGGGAGACCUUCAAAUUCGACACCAUCCGCGAGAGCCAGGUUUCCCGUGCCAUGACUCGUCGCUACUUCCAGGACUUGGACACCUACGCCGAAAGCGACAUUGUCAUUGUCGGUGCAGGAUCCUGCGGUCUGAGCACUGCGUACAUGCUCGGCAAAGCUCGUCCCGACCUCAAGAUUGCUAUCAUCGAAGCUUCCGUCUCUCCUGGUGGUGGAGCUUGGCUAGGCGGUCAACUCUUUUCCGCGAUGGUGAUGCGUAAGCCUGCCGAUGCUUUCUUGUCCGACCUCGGCGUUCCCUAUGAAGAGGAAGGUAACUACGUUGUCGUCAAGCAUGCCGCCCUCUUCACCUCCACUCUCCUAUCUAAGGUCCUUUCCUUCCCGAACAUCAAGCUCUUCAACGCCACCGCAGUCGAGGAUUUGAUCACUCGCCCCUCCAACAAUGGCGACGGAAGCGUCCGCAUUGCUGGUGUGGUUACUAACUGGACGCUCGUGACUAUGCACCACGACGAUCAGUCCUGCAUGGACCCCAACACCAUCAACGCUCCGCUCGUCAUCAGCACUACUGGUCACGAUGGACCUUUCGGCGCCUUCUGCGUCAAGCGUCUCGUCAGUAUGAACCAAAUCGAGAAACUUGGAGGCAUGCGUGGUUUGGACAUGAACACGGCCGAGGAUGCCAUCGUCAAGCGCACUCGCGAAGUGGUUCCGGGCCUCAUCGUCGGAGGCAUGGAGUUGAGCGAGGUUGAUGGCGCCAACCGCAUGGGUCCUACUUUCGGUGCCAUGGCACUCAGUGGUGUUAAAGCUGCUGAGGAGGCAUUGAAGGUCUUUGAGCAACGCAAGAUAGAAAAUGCUGAGUGA